AUGGCUUCUUCUCGCAAGCUCUACUUAAGGGCGAAGUGAUUGAAAACAUGUCACAGGCAAAGUUUGUAGCUGGAAUCUAUGCCCCCGCAAGAUAUUUGUAUCUAUUCAAAGACAAGUUAACUGAUGCUUAUGGAGAAAUGCUGUCUACAUGUACCGCAUUUAUUCUGUCAAAAACGGAAAUUAUCACGAAUGCUCAUUGUGUGGCUGGCGCCCCAUAUAUUUAUGUGGUAGCUGGUACGAAAGUUGCAUUAGAAAAAAACCUAAUCAAAGUCGAAAAAGGGAGAUUUGCAUAUCAUCCUCUUUAUAAUGAAUCAAUUGUUGGUGGAUUUGAUAUUGCCAAAAUUACACUGGAAAAACCAUUAGAGUUCAGCGAUACCGUUGGCAGUAUCAAACUCGUGGACAAAGAUUACAAAUUGAAUAACUCAUCAGAAGUGGUCACUGUAUAUGGGUAUGGUGUGUUGAACAACAUCGGACCAAAGAUAUUGAGGCGUUGCGAUGCAAACUAUAUAUCUGAUGUCGAACGAGCCAACACAUUCAACCCAGUUCAGGCUUUGUACUUUACCACUGGUGAUUCUACAAAAGAUGGUGAAAUUAUUACAGCGGGCGAUUCGGGUGGACCAGUCGUUUCAAAAACAAAUGGCAAAAUCGUGGGCAUAGCUGUGGGUAUAAAUGGAACAAUAGGUGGUCGCGGAAUGUUCCUCCCAAUUACUCUAUUCCUUGAUUUUAUUCAUGACCCGAAG